UUAUCGUAAGCACGUCAAGCACGUUACACGAUCUGAAGAUACAGCUGACAUAAUUUUUUGGUUUCUUAUAAAAUUUAUCAUAUCAAUGAAGUGAUUGCCUCACACAAUAGCGUUUUUGUGUCAUUAUUAAAUAUUAAAUAUUACAGAUUUAGGUGUGUGAUAUAUAUGAACGCGAAUACUUAACAAUGACGAACAGCUGGCGAGACAUGAACGGGCCAGUAAACUCAAUGUUACAGGAUCUGGAACAUAACGAAUUUUUGAAACGCAUAAGGAAAUCAUUGUACUAUUCUAAAUUACCAAAAAUUAAUUGCCUAAGUUUACCAGUUACUGAAUUGGCAGCUGAGAUUUUUACAGAAGCAAAGAGUGGUCAUACGUUAGAAAAACUUGACGUGGAGGAAGCAAGCAGAAUAUCUAGAAAUGCCUGUGUUUCUCCUUGCUCGCUUGUACUAGCUCUAUUAUAUAUUGAGAGACUAAAGAAUUGUAAUCCAGAGUAUCUUCAGCAAGUAGCACCAUCUGAGCUAUUCUUAGUUUCUUUGAUGGUAGCCAGUAAAUUUUUGCAUGAUGAUGGUGAAGAAGAUGAAGUUUUUAACAAGGAAUGGGCAAAUUCAGGACAAGUGACUAUAUCUCGGAUGAAUAAACUGGAAAAAGAUUUUCUGGCUGCAAUUGAUUGGACAGUAUUAGUGCAGCAUCAAGACUUUUGGGAAAAAUUGCAACGAUUAGAAAAAGAUGUAGCAUAUCGAGAAGUACAAAAACGUGGAUGGUGCUCAUAUACGGAGUUAAAUUGUCUACUAAAUUCUGUUCAAUUGAUUGCAAUUGCACAAACCCUGAUAAACGUCUCUUCAAUCUGCUUGGCGACCUAUGCCGCUGGUUUAAUAACUCUCGUGGGAUCCACUCUGAUUGGCCAUUUUAUUGUACAAAGUUGUUUACCCGGAACGUCACUAAGUCCGAAACAAUCUGCGAAUCUGCAAACGAAUUUCAUGUCGACCGAUUUAAUUGAUGUAUCUAUAAAUACACAAUCCCAGGAAAUCAGGAACGACAAUCUUUCGAUAUCCAGUUCGUUGAUCCAGGACGAGAAUGUUGAUUAUUUUAUAAAAACCGAUAAUGAUGAUGACAUAACUGGCUGGCAGUGGUGGCUUAAUUCCAUGAUGACUUGGCUGCCUGAGUAUUGCAUCUUAGAGAAUGAUUUCGAGUUUACGAAUUCCACUAAGAAAUUGUACAUUACUAACGCUAAAUUUUCAUUUAAUUCAACGCAAGCUAUGAAAAUAAGGAAGAUGGAAAAGAUAGACAAAAUGAAAAAUUUUGCACCAGAAGACUAUCGUCGCAAUGUGAAUUGGAAGGAAGCAUUAGGAAACAUUAUAGUCUCGAUUAAAUUGAUAGUUGGAAACGGUCGGGUCAAUUCUAUUAUGAAAGUCGUUCAAUCAUCGAUGUCUUUAAAUAUUUACUAUUAGCUUCCUGAUAACGCUUUGUCCAUUAAACAGUCUCUUUCACAAAACAUAGAUAUAUCUAUUUUUUGUACUAACUUUUUGUAAUGUAACGUUCGAUACUAACAAAUGUUUUUCCAAAUAAAUAUUCCAAAUAAAUAUUACAUACUACAAAAGAGAA